UGGCCCCAGCACGGACCAGCCUCUGAAGUCACAUGGUCCUUUGAGGGUUUGGGAGACUCACAUCCUCCACACAGAGCCCACUCGCCUCCGGUGCUCAGCUUGACUCUGGACUCUAAUCCAAACAGUAAAGACAAAGGCCGAGGAGGAGAGGGGCGAUGCUGUCCCCCCACGGGGUCCUGUGGCUGUCUAAGCCCCAACUCCUUCUCAUCUCUGUCUGCAGAGGCUUGUUCAAACCCACAGAAAGAAAAGCACCUUCUGGGGGCUGUUGUUUUACCAACCAUGAGUGAGGCUCCAUGCUGUCCCACAGGAGCCGCCUUCCCACGGGAGCCAUGGGGCUGGGGCUCACUCCCAGGUUUAUUCGACUUAAGCAUUCUGGCUCUUUUCUAUCCUUUGCUGCCUCAGAAAGAGCCUGCCCUGCUCGGCUCUGCCCCAAACCCCAUGACCCAGCCCACACACAUCCCUUUGGACUGGCCUCGUGGUCAGAACCAGAAGUUGCUGGAACAGUGUUUGGGCUGCUGGGGGCCUGUGGGCUGCCUUCCACCUAAACCCUUGGCCUCUUCAAGACUGGCCAGGAGCCAGCACGAGGGUGAGUGUCCCAUGUUUCCCUUCCACUCCUCUGCCCUUUCUAGACUGGGUCCAUUAGGUAAAGCUGUCUUUUGGCCCCCUUUUCAGGGGUGGAGUUUAGAGGGCAGGUCAGGAGCCAGGAUUACAGCUCAAAAAACAAAAAAGAAAACUAUUGCACCCUUGUGUCUAGUUUCAGUCUUCUAUUUUCUACACACUAAACCCACAUCUUAGGUUUUUAGGCUGGUCUAAGCUUGAUUCCAGCUGGGCACUGAGCAGGGUAGCACAGAGGGGCCCUCCCACCCCAAACUUCACCCCUUCCUUCCUGGACAACAGCCAAGUCCCAGUGCUGGCUCCAGAUCCCUCCCACUUUGGACCUACAAGACCUUCAGCUCAGAGAGCAGUUCUGCCCUCACCAUACCACACCCGUUCUAAGCUGCAGUAAGCAUAAAUCACGAGGCCAAGAUCCAGAGAAGUCAGCAAGAAUUCAACAGCUGGCACCACUGUGAUAUUGUUAAGGGAAGGAAGCUACACUCUGGCCCCUGACGUGGCAGCAUGGAGCUGGUCGAGGACAUCUCCCGCCCGCCACUGGAGUACAUGAGGGGGAUCCCUCUCAUCAAGUACUUUGCAGAGGGACUGGGGCCACUGCAGAGCUUCCAAGCCUGGCCCAAUGACCUGCUCAUCAGCACCUACCCCAAAUCUGGCACCACCUGGGUAAGCGAGAUCCUGGACCUGAUCUACCAGGGUGGCGACCUGGAGAAGUGUCAAAGAGCCCCCAUCUUCGUCCGGGUCCCCUUCCUUGAGUUCAGGGUCCCUGGGGUUCCCCCAGGUGUUGAGCUUCUGGAAGAUACACCAGCCCCACGGCUGAUCAAGACACACUUGCCCCUGGCUCUGCUUCCACCGACCCUGCUGGAUCAGAAGGUCAAGGUGGUCUACGUUGCCCGCAAUGCAAAGGAUGUGGCCGUCUCCUAUUACCACUUCUACCGCAUGGCCAAGGUGCACCCUGACCCUGGCACCUGGGACAGCUUCCUGGAGAAGUUCAUGGCUGGGGAAGUGUCCUAUGGGUCCUGGUACCAGCACGUGCAGGAGUGGUGGGAGCUGAGUCACACCCACCCUGUUCUCUACCUCUUCUAUGAGGACAUAAAGCAGAACCCCAAAAGGGAGAUUCAGAAGAUCCUGGAGUUUGUGGGGCGCUCUCUGCCAGAGGAGACCGUGGAUCACAUCGUCCAGCACACGUCUUUCAAGGAGAUGAAGAAGAACCCCAUGACCAACUACACCACCAUACCCACCAACGUCAUGGACCACAGCGUCUCUGCCUUUAUGAGGAAAGGCGUCACUGGGGACUGGAAAUCCACCUUCACUGUGGCCCAGAAUGAGCGCUUUGAAGCCGACUACGCUGUGAAGAUGGCAGGCUGCAACCUCCACUUCCGCUGGGAGCUGAGUGCUGCCCAUCAGGAUGGGCGUGAGACAGGCCUCAACAAUAAAAUCUGAUGUGUGUUAAACAGCCUCUGCUGGAAGCAAAGAACCAACCUGAGCUAAAAGGGUAAAUGCCCACUGGGACCAAACGAGGCCAUCUUCCCUGCUGGCCUCCAGCUCACCUUAGUGGGGAGGGAAAGAA